AUGAAGGGCAUGAGCACCAAAGUAUACUUUGAUAAGUACAACCCUAAUUCAGAGAAGGGAGAAGAUGUCAGGCGCUCUCUGGCUGGCCUCGACUACUCACCCCUUCCUCGGGUGACGGGUCGCUCGUUGGCCAUGGGCUGCUUGGUCUCAAUGGGUGGCUUGAUCUUUGGUUACGAUACCGGCCAGAUUUCGGGCUUCUUGGAGAUGCCAGAUUUUCUCAAGCGGUUUGCACAAUCUCACGGAAAUGGAGAGUAUAAAUUUAGCGAUGUCAGAUCCGGACUUAUAGUUGCCAUGCUAUCCAUUGGAACUCUUAUCGGGGCUUUGUUGGCUGCUCCAAUUGCCGACAGGAUUGGGCGUAAAUUCUCGAUCAGCUUCUGGUCUAUCAUUGUCUCGGUCGGAUUCGUUAUUCAGAUUGCAUCCGUCGAUGCAUGGUAUCAGGUUAUGAUCGGUCGACUUGUGGCUGGCCUUGGAGUGGGAGCCCUAUCAGUCCUUGUCCCCAUGUUCCAAGCCGAAACUGCUCCGCCGUGGAUUCGUGGUGCCCUCGUGUGCACCUACCAGCUCUUCAUCACACUCGGCAUUUUCCUUGCCGCGUGCUUCAACUACGGGACGUAUAAAGGCCAGCAGAACAACUCGGCAUCCUGGAGGAUUGUCAUUGGCCUUGGCUGGCUAUGGACACUCAUUCUGGGAGUGGGUAUCUUGUUAUUCGACGAGACUCCGCGAUAUGCCUACCGCAGAGGGAGGUUUGAAGAGGCCAAGCAAACGCUUAUGAAGGUGUACGGUGCUCCUGCCAACCACUACGCCAUCUACACGCAGAUGGAGGAGAUUGAGAGCAAAUUCCGUGCCGAGGACCAGACAAAAGGAAAUCCUAUCCAUGAGUUUGUCGUCAUGCUCAGAGCACCAAGGAUGGGAUACCGAAUUGCCCUGGGUGUGAUGUUACAGAUGUUCCAGCAACUCACCGGUGCCAACUUCUUCUUUUACUACGGCACCACGAUCUUCAAGUCCGUCCAGAUCAGCUCUUUCGUUACUCAGAUGAUCCUAAACGGUGUCAACUUUGGAGUUACCUUCAUCGGUCUCUAUCUCGUCGAGCACUAUGGGCGAAGGAAGUCGUUGAUCGCGGGGAGCAUGUGGAUGUUUGUCUGUUUCAUGAUUUUCGCAUCAGUCGGUCACUUCUCCCUAGACAACCAGGAUCCAGCCAGAACGCCUAAGGCUGGUAUUGCCAUGAUUGUAUUUGCGUGUUUGUUUAUUCUGGGCUUCGCUACCACAUGGGGUCCAAUGGUCUGGACUUUGAUUGCCGAACUCUUCCCAUCACGAUACAGGGCCAAGGGUAUGGCCAUUGCAACUGCAAGCAACUGGACAUGGAACUUCCUCAUUGCAUUCUUCACUCCGUUCAUCAUCAGUGCGAUCGAUUUCAGAUAUGGAUACGUGUUUGCCGGCUGCAAUUUGGCUGCAGGUCUCCUUGUGUACUUCUUCGUCAUUGAAGGACAAGGACGAACGCUGGAGGAAAUCGACACCAUGUAUAUUGAACAUGUGUCCCCCAUGAAAUCUUCCAAGUGGGAAGCACCACCUGCGGCGGAGAUGGCCCGAAUCAGAAGACAGGCCGGCACUGAGGUUGCUGCAUCAGAGGACGUCGAGUCCCGGGGCAUCUACAGCGGAGAGACGGAAAGGGGGCAUGAUGGUGACAAAGAAGUCGACCAGACCAGGGAGAUUCAUGCUGAGAGGGUGUAG